UCUUAUCCAGUGUGUGAUACCAAUGUCUCUAUUCUGCCAAUAGGACAACCGUCCCCAGAGAAUGAUAAUACAAUAAAAGACCUGCUGCCAGAGGAUGCUGGGAUUGAUCACCAGACUGUCCACCAGCUCAUUACUGUGCUAAUGAAGUUCAUGGCAAAGGAUGAAAGCAGCGCUGAGUCAGACAUCAGCAGCGCUAAAGCUUUCAACACAGUCAAGCGCCAUCUGUACGUCCUGCUUGGUUAUGAUCAGCAGAAGCAGGAAGGAUGCUUCAUGAUUGCACCACAAAAAAUGCGUGUUUCGACCUGCUUUAAUGCCUUUAUUGCUGGAAUAGCACAAGUGAUGGACUAUAACAUCAGCCUGGGAAAACAUCUUCUUCCCUUGGUGGUUCAGGUGUUGAAAUAUUGCACUUGUCCUCAACUAAGGCAUUACUUUCAGCAGCCUCCUCGCUGCUCCCUGUGGUCCCUCAAACCUCACAUUCGGCAGAUCUGGUUAAAGGCUUUGCUUGUCAUUCUCUAUAAGUACCCCUACAGAGACUGUGAAAUCAGCAAGAUUGUACUUCACCUAAUCCACAUCACAGUCAAUACCCUCAAUGCUCAAUAUCACAGCUGCAAGCCCCAUGCAACUGCUGGUCCUUUGUAUAGUGACAACAGUAACAUAAGCCGAUACAGUGAAAAGGAAAAAGAGGAAGACAGUGUUUUUGAUGAAUCUGAUAUUCAUGAUACACCAACUGGACCUUGCAAUAAAGAAUCUCAAACUUUCUUUGCAAGACUGAAAAGAAUUGGGGGCAGCAAAAUGGUGAAAUACCAACCAGUUGAGAUGAAUGCUCAGAGAAGUGAAAUAGAGCUGGCUGAAUAUAGAGAGACGGGGGCCUUACAAGACAGUAUUCUACGCUGUGUGAGAGAAGAAAGCAUUCAGAAAAAAAAACUGCGCUCUCUAAAACAAAAAUCUCUUGAUAUAGGGAAUGCAGACUCCCUGUUGUUUUCAUUAGAUGAACAUCGCAGGAAGUCCUGCAUAGACCGAUGUGACUUAGAAAAACCAUCUGUCCCUGCUGCUUACGCCAUACACAGGCAGAGUGAUUAUGGACGAUCUCGGCAGAAUUCUUCUACUAAAGCUGAAAAUAUAGAAGCACAAGAAAAUCUUCCCCGUACAGAGAGUUUCCAGGAAACAAGAAGACCUGUCAUACCAGAAGUUAGGCUAAACUGCAUGGAAACCUAUGAAGUGAAAGUGGACUCUCCAGUUAAACCUGCUGGUCCCAAGGAAGAUUUAGACUUGAUAGAUUUGUCCUCUGACUCAACAUCGGGUCCUGAAAAGCAUUCAGUACUCUCCACUUCAGACAGUGAUUCUUUAGUCUUUGAACCACUUCCUCCCCUUAGAAUAGUGGAGAGCGAUGAAGAAGAAACAACAAACCAGCUGAAUGAUGAGGUCUCUGGCAAAACUGCUGCAUCGUCUCCCUCAACUCCUAUCAAUGUCUCUGCACUCAGCCUCAGCACAACUCCGCUAGUCCAGUUCAGCAUUGAAGAUUGCUCCAAAGACUUCAGUUCUAAGGAUACAAGCAACAAUGCUUAAGCAGGAAUAGAGGAGAUGCUUUCCACUUCUCCCAAAGAUCAAAAGGACUCUUCAGAGUUAGUUAAACCAGAACUUCAGGACAUGCCCUGUGGGAACCCACUAACACUGAAACAGAAAAGGGACCUGCUGCAGAAGUCAUUUGCCCUUCCAGAAAUGUCCCUUGAUGAUAACUCCGAGCUUAGCAUGGAGGAAGUUAGACCUAGUGGAUCAAUUCCAAGCCCAAAUGUAAAGACAGUCCUUAUUAAAGUCCCUGAAGAUUCUGAAAACCAAACAGAAAGUGAUAAACUUGAUACCAACGUAGAGUCUGACACUGAACAAAACACGGAGCAGAAACAAGAAGAGGAGACUGAGGAGUCAGAAUUUAAGAUUCAGAUUGUUCCUCGCCAGAGGAAGCAGAGGAAGAUUGCUGUGAGUGCUAUUCAGAGGGAAUACCUGGACAUUUCCUUUAACAUCCUUGACAAGUUGGGAGAGCAAAAGGAGACAGAUCCUGCUGCCAAAGGACUUUCAACACUGGAAAUGCCAAGAGAGUCGUCAUCUGCACCGACCCUUGAAGCAGGUGUCCCGGAGACAAGUAGUCACUCUUCCAUAUCAACUCAGUUCAGACAAAUGAAAAGAGGCUCUUUGGGAGCUCUGACAAUGAACCAGCUAAUGAAGAGACAGCUGGAACACCAGUCUAGUGCUCCCCACAAUAUCAGCACUUGGGAUACUGAGCAGAUACAGCAUGGAAAGCGGCUGUGCAAUGUCCCUGUUUGCCUAAACCCUGACUUGGAGGGACCACCACUAAGAAUGAGAGGUGCCACAAAAUCUAGCUUGCUGUCAGCACCCAGUAUAGUCAGUAUGUUUGUACCUGCACCAGAAGAAUUUGCUGAUGACCAGCCCAUUGUGAUGACUGACAAGUGCCAUGACUGUGGGGCUAUUCUCGAAGAAUAUGAUGAAGAAACACUAGGCCUGGCCAUAGUUGUGCUCUCAACAUUCAUUCAUCUUAGUCCAGACUUGGCUGCUCCUCUGCUGUUAGACAUCAUGCAGUCUGUAGGAAGGUUGGCAUCAAGUACCAGUUUUUCUAAUCAAGCAGAAAGCAUGAUGAUCCCUGGAAAUGCUGCAGGUGUGGCCAAGCAGUUCCUCCGUUGUGUGUUCCAUCAGCUGGCUCCCAAUGGCAUCUUCCCCCAGCUCUUUCAGAGCAAUAUUAAAGAUGGAAGUUUUUUACGGACCUUGGCCACAUCUCUUAUGGACUUCAGUGAGCUGAGUUCCGUUGCUGCUCUGAGCCAGCUGUUAGAGGGUUUAAACAACAAAAAGAAUUUACCGACAGGGGGUGCAAUGCUACGCUGUUUGGAAAAUAUUGCUACCUUUAUGGAAGCCUUGCCGAUGGAUUCACCCAGCAACCUCUGGACGACGAUUAGUAAUCAGUUUCAGACCUUCCUUACUAAACUCCCUUGUGUUUUGCCACUUAAG